UUGCCAACUCCUUCCUGGGCCCGGGGUAGUCCCCUCCUCCGCUGUUGCUAGCAGAGCGCAAGCGUGGACGCGAUCCUGCCGGUCCGCCUCUGCGCAGGCGCCGUGCCCCUCCCACGGCGGUUGGCCAUAUAGAGGCUGGGGGCGGGGGGAGGUCAAGCGUAGCCUCUUCUCCUUUACCAAGAUGGCGUCUUGUUCCUGUUUCGCCACAGUUCCUACCUUAUGAGCUUGGAUUCCUCACGCUAAUAAAAGGGGAGCAGUAAAAGCUGGCAGGCUGACAGAGGCAACCUCAGGACGGACUUUCUGGCUACUGACCAUUUUGCUGUGUCUUACUAGGAUCGUGUGUGGACGUGGGAUCAACCAUGAGCUCCGUUGCAGUUUUGACCCAAGAGAGUUUUGCUGAACAUCGAAGUGGGCUGGUUCCACAACAAAUCAAAGUUGCCACCUUAAAUUCAGAAGAGGAAAACGACCCUCCAACCUACAAGGAUGCCUUCCCUCCACUUCCUGAGAAAGCAGCUUGCUUGGAGAGUGCCCAAGAACCUGCUGGAGCCUGGAGUAACAAGAUCCGGCCCAUCAAGGCCUCUGUCAUCACUCAGGUGUUUCAUGUACCCCUGGAGGAAAGAAAAUAUAAGGACAUGAACCAGUUUGGAGAAGGUGAACAAGCAAAAAUCUGCCUUGAGAUCAUGCAGAGGACUGGUGCUCACCUGGAACUCUCUCUGGCUAAAGACCAAGGUCUCUCCAUCAUGGUCUCAGGGAAGCUGGAUGCCGUCAUGAAAGCCCGAAAAGACAUUGUUGCUAGACUACAGACACAGGCCUCAGCAACUGUUCCCAUUCCUAAAGAGCACCAUCGCUUUGUUAUUGGCAAAAACGGAGAGAAACUACAAGACUUAGAACUAAAAACUGCAACCAAAAUCCAGAUCCCACGCCCAGAUGACCCCAGUAAUCAGAUCAAGAUCACUGGCACCAAAGAAGGCAUUGAGAAAGCUCGCCAUGAAGUCCUCCUAAUUUCUGCUGAGCAGGACAAGCGUGCUGUAGAGAGGCUAGAAGUGGAGAAAGCUUUCCACCCCUUCAUCGCUGGGCCGUACAACAGACUUGUGGGUGAAAUCAUGCAGGAGACAGGGACGCGAAUCAACAUCCCUCCACCCAGUGUUAACCGUACAGAAAUCGUCUUCACUGGAGAGAAGGAGCAGCUGGCUCAGGCUGUGGCUCGUAUUAAGAAGAUUUAUGAGGAAAAGAAGAAGAAGACUACAACCAUUGCGGUAGAGGUGAAGAAGUCUCAGCACAAGUAUGUUAUUGGGCCAAAGGGCAAUUCACUGCAAGAAAUCCUGGAAAGAACUGGAGUUUCUGUUGAGAUCCCGCCCUCCGACAGCAUCUCUGAGACUGUUAUACUUAGAGGCGAACCUGAAAAGCUGGGGCAGGCGUUGACUGAAGUCUAUGCCAAGGCCAACAGUUUUACAGUCUCCUCAGUCUCUGCCCCGUCCUGGCUUCAUCGUUUCAUCAUUGGUAAGAAAGGGCAGAACCUGGCCAAAAUCACUCAGCAAAUGCCAAAGGUUCACAUUGAGUUCACAGAAGGUGAGGACAAGAUCACCCUGGAGGGCCCCACAGAGGAUGUGAAUGUAGCCCAAGAACAGAUUGAAGGAAUGGUCAAAGACCUGAUUAAUCGGAUGGACUAUGUAGAGAUCAACAUUGACCAUAAAUUCCACAGACACCUCAUUGGAAAGAGCGGAGCCAACAUCAACAGAAUCAAAGACCAGUACAAAGUGUCUGUGCGCAUCCCCCCUGACAGUGAAAAGAGUAACCUGAUCCGAAUUGAGGGAGACCCACAGGGUGUGCAGCAGGCCAAGCGGGAGCUGCUGGAGCUUGCUUCUCGUAUGGAAAAUGAGCGCACCAAGGAUCUAAUCAUUGAGCAAAGAUUUCAUCGCACAAUCAUUGGGCAGAAAGGUGAACGAAUUCGAGAAAUUCGUGACAAAUUCCCAGAGGUUAUCAUCAACUUUCCAGACCCAGCACAAAAAAGUGAUAUCGUACAACUCAGAGGCCCCAAGAAUGAGGUGGAAAAGUGCACUAAGUACAUGCAGAAGAUGGUUGCAGACCUGGUGGAAAAUAGCUAUUCGAUUUCUGUACCGAUCUUCAAACAGUUUCAUAAGAAUAUCAUUGGGAAAGGAGGCGCAAACAUUAAAAAGAUUCGUGAAGAGAGCAACACCAAGAUUGACCUUCCUGCAGAGAACAGCAACUCUGAGACCAUUGUUAUCACUGGCAAGCGAGCCAACUGUGAAGCUGCCCGGAGCCGGAUUCUGUCUAUCCAGAAAGAUCUGGCCAACAUAGCUGAAGUGGAGGUCUCAAUCCCUGCCAAACUACACAACUCUCUCAUCGGCACAAAGGGCCGUCUGAUCCGCUCCAUCAUGGAGGAAUGUGGUGGUGUCCACAUUCACUUUCCUGUGGAAGGUUCUGGAAGCGACACUGUUGUCAUCAGAGGUCCUUCCUCAGAUGUAGAGAAGGCCAAGAAGCAGCUCCUGCACCUGGCUGAGGAGAAGCAAACCAAGAGUUUUACUGUGGACAUCCGAGCCAAGCCAGAGUACCACAAAUUCCUCAUUGGCAAAGGGGGAGGUAAAAUCCGAAAGGUGCGUGACAGUACUGGAGCCCGCAUCAUAUUUCCGGCUGCUGAAGAUAAGGACCAGGACCUGAUCACAAUCAUAGGAAAGGAGGAUGCUGUCCGUGAGGCCCAAAAGGAGCUGGAAGCGUUGAUCCAGAACCUGGAGAAUGUGGUUGAAGACUACAUGCUGGUGGACCCCAAACACCACCGCCAUUUUGUCAUCCGAAGAGGACAGGUUUUACGAGAGAUUGCUGAAGAGUAUGGAGGGGUGAUGGUCAGCUUCCCACGCUCUGGCACGCAGAGUGACAAAGUCACUCUCAAGGGUGCCAAGGACUGUGUGGAGGCAGCCAAGAAACGCAUUCAGGAGAUCAUUGAGGAUCUGGAAGCUCAAGUGACAGUGGAAUGUGCUAUACCCCAGAAGUUUCACCGAUCAGUCAUGGGUCCCAAAGGUUCAAGAAUCCAGCAGAUCACUCGAGACUACAAUGUUCAAAUUAAGUUCCCAGAUAGAGAGGAAAAUCCAGUUCACAGUGUAGAGCCUUCCAUCCAGGAGAAUGGAGAUGAGGCUGGAGAGGGCAGAGAGGCCAAGGAGACUGACCCUGGCUCUCCCAGGAGGUGUGACAUCAUAAUCAUCUCUGGCCGGAAAGAGAAAUGCGAGGCUGCCAAGGAAGCCCUGGAGGCACUGGUUCCAGUCACCAUCGAGGUAGAGGUACCCUUUGAUCUUCACCGCUACAUCAUUGGGCAAAAAGGAAGUGGAAUCCGCAAGAUGAUGGAUGAGUUUGAGGUGAAUAUCCAUGUCCCAGCCCCUGAGCUGCAGUCAGACACCAUCGCCAUCACUGGCCUUGCAGCAAAUUUGGACAGGGCUAAGGCGGGGCUACUGGAUCGAGUAAAGGAGCUGCAGGCUGAGCAGGAAGAUCGGGCUUUAAGGAGCUUUAAGCUGAGUGUCACUGUAGACCCCAAAUACCAUCCCAAAAUUAUCGGGAGGAAAGGGGCAGUGAUCACCCAGAUCCGCUUGGAACAUGAAGUGAACAUCCAAUUUCCUGAUAAGGAUGAUGGGAAUCAGCCCCAGGACCAAAUCACCAUCACAGGGUAUGAGAAGAACACUGAAGCUGCCCGUGAUGCUAUCCUGAAAAUUGUGGGUGAGCUUGAGCAGAUGGUUUCUGAGGAUGUUCCACUGGAUCACCGUGUGCAUGCCCGAAUCAUUGGUGCCCGGGGCAAAGCCAUCCGGAAAAUAAUGGAUGAAUUCAAGGUGGACAUUCGCUUCCCACAGAGUGGAGCUCCAGAUCCCAAUUGUGUCACUGUGACAGGACUCCCAGAGAAUGUGGAGGAAGCUAUUGACCACAUCCUCAACCUAGAAGAAGAAUAUCUGGCAGAUGUGGUGGACAGUGAGGCACUGCAAGUUUACAUGAAGCCCCCAACACAUGAGGAGUCCAAGGCACCAUCCAAAGGCUUUGUGGUGCGAGAUGCUCCCUGGACCUCCAACAGCAGUGAGAAGGCUCCUGAUAUGAGUAGCUCUGAAGAAUUUCCCAGCUUUGGGGCUCAAGUGGCCCCCAAGACCCUCCCUUGGGGCCCCAAACGAUAAUGAUCAAAAAGAAACCUUUCCAGCCUGCUGCCCAAACCCAACCACACAAUGGUUUGUCUCAAUCUGACCCAGCAGCUGGACCCUCGUAAAUUGUUGAUGCUCUUCCCCUCCCCGAGGUCUCGCAGCAAAGCCUGGCAGGCUGGCCUUGUGUGGCUGCUUCUCCAGGCCUGGUCAGCACCCAGCAGGCUCAGGGUCUGCUCCUGAUGCUGUGCUCUGAGACAGGCACGCCACUGUGUGAAACACUAAGCAAGGUAAUCGAGCAUUUCGUGAUCACAGACUCCAGCUUCCUGGUCCACCCAGCAUGUAGUCAGCACUCUGACCUUCACACCAGAGCUCCACAGCGGCUAGGAGUUGACUUCCUGUGUCAUGACCUCAGGAAAUAAAUUUCCUUGACUUUAUAAAAGCCAAAA